AUGUCCAAUUUGACAUUAUUCAACUCUUCGGGAAGCAUGCCAUUUUUGACCUUAUCCGCUGUUUUUUUACUUGUUAGCCCAGUGAUAUUCAUGGGAUUCGCCGUCAAAUAUCAAACAGAAAAUCUGAUAAACUCUGCACGUGCCAUCGAAAUUGUCGACGAUCGUGAUACACCGGAAAUAGAAAAAUCCUUUACUGAAUUUAACGAUAAGCUCGCCGCAAAAGUUUUCACGAGUAAUUCCAAUUUUAAAUUCACAUUCAUUGCGGAAAUCCGAAGUUCCAAUUUAUCUGGAAUAUUAGAUAUUACUUCAGACAUUAAAAUUCGCUUUAAACAACAAUUUGAUCGACUUUUGAAGGCGAGAAAUUAUACUUAUGAUGAGAUGUGCUUCUCGGUAGUAAUUGAUAUUUGUAGUCUUGGAGGAAAUAUUAUGAUUUCAACAGUGAAAAUUUUUUAUAAUGGUGUUAGUGGUAGUAAACCGGCCGGCCCUUUCUCAUACGUCACAAUGAAAAUAUUCAAAGAAGAUGAAGACAAUGAGCCUUCUUCAACAUCAACAUGGCCUAUUGAUCGCCUAAAUGAAGAUAAUACAGAAAUCGAACCAAUAAAACGGGUUGUUGACAUCGUGUAUAUCCCUGAGGGUACGACACCACCUAGUUGUUACCAGUUUGAGCGUCAAGAUGAGCCAGAAAAUAUGCGUUUUGUUGGCGACCAAGUGCGUGACAAUCCAUAUACCCCCCAUCAACUGAAACUAAGUCUCCUGAUUAUUCUGUGA